AAGAAGGAAAAUAAGAAGAAAAAGGAUAGAAGGAGAAGAAGAGGAAGAAGAGGAUGAAGAAGAAGAAGAAGAAGAAGAAGAAGAAGAAGAAGAAGAAGAAGAAGAAGAGAAGGAAGAAGAAGAACUAUGGGGAUUUUUACUGUAUAUACUGUGCUUUGUAGCCUUGUGUCUUUUCUACCAGUUAUCCUGCAGGGACUGGUAUAUACAGUCCCUAUAUAUUACCUUGAGGACCAAAAAUAAACGUUGUAAUUAUCCUUCCUUGCCUGACACUAACUACACGCGUGUGCGCGCGCACCGUCUUGAUUUAACCCUGCGCGCGCGACUGACUCAAUCCUCAGCUGAUCCUCACGCGAGUCGAGCAGCACUGACUCUUUUUCAUGGCAACAUGGCGACAGAGCUCCAAAACCUUCAGGAUCUGAGGCAUAGUGCCUCACUAGUCAGCAAGGUGUUCAUUCAGAGGGACUACAGCGAGGGCACCGUUUGCAAGUUCCUCACCAAACUUCCAGCAGAACUCAACAGCAGGAUUGAGCGGACGCUGUUUGAGGACACUGUGAAGACUCUCAAUAGCUACUACGCAGAGGCAGAGAAGAUCAGCGGUCAGUCUUACCUGGAGGGCUGCUUGGCCUGUGUGUCAGCUUACAUUAUAUUCCUCUGCAUGGAGACACGAUAUGAGAAGGUCUUAAAAAAGAUCUCCAUGUAUAUUCAGGAGCAGAAUGAGAACAUCUAUGCACCCCGAGGACUUCUUAUCACUGACCCUAUUGAGAGGGGCAUGAGAGUGAUAGAAAUCUCUGUCUUUGAGGAUCGUAGCUCCACCAGCUCCAGUUCCAGUGGCAGCUCCGCAUCUGGCAGCAGUGCUCGGUGACUGGAGGAGCAGCACCAGGGGUACGGGUACCGAGGGGCCAAAGGGAUUGCCAAGAUCCGCAUGUUGAAACAUGAGAGCACCAGAUUCUGAAUUAAGAGAAUGUCAAAGCCACUUAUUCCUCCUUCUCUCUCUUUGCUAUCACAUAAUUCACACAGUAUGCACACAAACCCUCCCUCACUCCCAUCCUUUCAUCGUCUUCUGUCUUUCCAUUAGCAACACACAUGAACUCCAUACACUAUGUCCCACAAAUGAUGAAAUAGAGAACAGGAGUCUAUUUAUAUAUUAUAGGCAAAAUACUUCUUUAAAUGUACCUGCUACAUUUCUCUCUAUUCCUGUCAGUUGGACAUUGUUAUGCAUUUGGCAACUGGGUUGAGUGCUGGAUGAUGGCCAAGCUCUCCGCAUUCUCCUGUCUGGUCUUCUUUAAGAGGCGCUGCCACAGUUCACUGCCGUUGCUGAUCUUGUGCAGUGCUUGAGGCUUCUGUUCACUUGGCCAACUCUGCCAUUCACCUGUGGCUCAGUGGUUUGCUGUUCUGUGGUGUGGGCAGCGAGCCCAGGCGGAUCAAGUUCUCACGCGUCUCAACUCAUUGGGUAUGCAAGCGAGCUUUAGCCCAUCGAGGACCUUUUGUCUCCAUGAGAUGAAAGCUACUAGCAAUUUUUUUCUUGUCCAUGGAGCUGUGGUUGAUGAAUGUGUGUGUGUGUAUGCUUGCACAUCAGAUAAGCUACAUUUAGCUGAUAAAAUUCAGGGGAAGUUGAAUCAGCAGCUGCUUAAUAUGAGCUCCUAAAAGAACAGCUGACUCAUGUGUAAUGUUUCUGUGUUGGUCAGUUUUGCACUAAUGAUAGCUCCAGGCUGAACAUCGCAUAGUAUCUUAUGUAUGUCUUUAUGCAUACUCAGCAACUUAAACCUGAAAACCAUCAUGAAGGCAUUUUGAUUUAUACAUCUUAUACAUCAAAGAGUCAGAAUGGGUAAGAUAUGAGUGCAUUUGUUAUUUAGUUGAAUUGGGCUCUGUGAACACACAAAAAAAAUCAGAUUAACCAGAAGCCAGACAUGGUAUAGGGGAUUUGUCAUAUUUAUUUGUUUACUCAGAUCAUAUUCAAAAGAGAAGCUGAUAAGCCAAAUGUAACUGAACUUUGCAUCAGAGAAUUCUCAAUUUUGGUGUAUAGAUCACCCACAUUUAUUAUUAUUUUUAAAAAGCAUAUGGAUACAUUGGGAAUCAGAAUUCCUACAUGAAUGGAAUGUAACCUGAUUUUCUUUCAUUCAUUUGUUCAGUCAUUCAUUCAUCCUCAGUAACCAUAUAAUCCUAAUCAGGGUUGCAGUGAAUCUGGAGUUCUAUACUGGGAAGACUUGGUACGAGGUGAGGUCACUCUCUGAAUGGGUCCCUUGCAAGGCACCUUGCACACACAUUCACACAAAGGGCAAUUUAGCAUUACCAGUCCAGACCCGAAGUUAUAAUGCUAAUUAAAAUUAUCACAUAUUUCCUGCGUUAAAUUUCGUUGUUGGUUAAACCAUUUCUUUUAAGGCACUGUAAUAUGUGUGUUAUAUGUUCAGUUAGUCCAAAAUGUGUGUUUACAACUGGUGGCGCAACAGGUAGCAUUGACGUCUCAGAGAUCCAGGGUCCCUCAUUCAAUCCUGAGCUCAAGUUACUGGAAGUGUGGAGUUUUUGUGCAUGUCCAUUCAGCUUUCUUCCAGGUUCUCCAGUUUAAUCCCCCUUCCCAAAAGCAUGCAAGUAGGUGGACUGGCUGUGAUAAAUUCCCCUUGUGUGUUAAUGAACGGACGUGUGUGAUGCCUUGCAAUUGACUGGCCUUCCAGGGUGUAUCCUGCCAUGCACUGGCCAGGAAAAAAUGGUUACUGAAGGUGAAUUAACAAAGGAAUGUACAAUGUGGCUCCUCCUCUUGUUGGAAAGUCUAAUUAUCCCUCUUUUGCUCCAAAUGUAGCAUUAUCUCCCAGGGCCAAGUUCAGACUGAAAACUACAGUUGUGAAAUAUACACGUGCUUUAAGUGAGCUGCACAUAAAGCCACCUUGAUGGAGUUAUACAUAAAAAAUCAUGAUGUAAUCAUUUUUAUCUCAGGACAUUAAGUAUGGGUUUCUUCACAUAUCACAUAUUUGUUGAUCAUUUCUAUAUUGCUUUCUGUUUCUCACCUGGAUGCCCUAAAGCCCAAAAGCCCACUCCAUAUUCCUUCCCUAUUGUGUCUUGCCUUUUUUUUAAACCCAAGACUUCAUGGUGCUCAUUUCAGAGCUUGCCAUUAGAUGACUAGAGCUCUAGUGUGAACCCUUCUGUGCCUGCUGCUUUCAUGUUUCAUCACUAUGGAGAUACCCAACCUGGUGCUGAGCAACUGGUAGCCAGAGAGCUGGCUGUAAAUACAUGACUUGCACUAUAGAUGCAUGAGAUACCUUCUGUUGGACUAGUAGUAAUUUCAAUGGCCAAGUGAAAACUGUGUUGUCCUAUAGUUAAGAAUAGGUCUUCCCUGCGCUUGAUCUAGAGAAUUUAAUUUUGUGUAUACAUGUGUAAAGUGAGAGUAUAAUCAUGGGUGUGUUUGUAUAUACAGUGUCCUCCUGAAUUUUUGGCACCUUUCACAACAUAAGUUUGUAUAAAUUGAAUAUUACACAAAUUAAUUAUAGUUUUUCACUCAAAUAAUAGGGAAACUUAUUUAUUUUUGUCCUAACAAGAAAAUCAAAUUAGAACUACUUUUUUAAAAUAAUGGUGGACUCUCAAAAAUAUAUGUGCCAGAUUUAUUUACACCCUUAAGGAAUAAACGCAAAUAAAUUGUCAGUCUGUUAUUUUUCAUUCGCAGUCUCCAGGAACUCUGCUGUUGCCUUGUGUUUCUGUGUUUCUCUGGGAUAUAAUCUGAGGUUGCACAUAUGUAAAACCCCUUUGUCUUCCUUUACCAUGGGAAAACUCAAAGGAAUUUCAGCACACAAGAGAUAGACAGUUAUUGACCUGCACAAAUAAGGUAAUGCCUAUAAAAAUAUCUAAACGUUUUAAAAUACAUUAAGUACAUUUAUUGGUAUAACAAAAAGUUAUACAGAACAAGAAAUUUGGCAGGAAUUGAAUCCAUGAGUACCCUGCCUCCACACACAGUAAGCAGGAUGGUUAAGGAGGGGGGGAAAGGGCCCAAAGAACACUAAAUACCUGAAUAAUUUUAACCCAAAACAUGAUUGAAUCUGCCAGGAGGUUCGGACUAAGGUCCAGCUCAGAUUCUGAAAUUAAAGUUUACUGAAAACCUGUGAAGAGUGAAGUUCACCUACACAAACCUAAUAAUAUAAAUGACAAUAAAAUGUUCUUAGUGAAGUAGUGGACAAUGAUCACUCUACAAGUGUCUUCUGUCUUAUUAGACGUUAAGCAAAGAGACUCAGUUAUUCUCUCAAAGGCAUAAAAUAUUUGAAAAAAUAUGAAUUGUAAAGGUACAAAUUUUGAGACCAGUGUUUCAGGAAAAAUUUUACUACUUAAAAAAUAUUUAGUGGUUUAAAAAAAAAUUAAAUAUGUGAAUACAAUUAAACAAAGUUUCAUUGUGGGUGUCAAAAAGAUAAAUUGGAGGGCAUUGUAUUUUUUGCAUGUUUACUGAACAAGGAUUUUAUUAGUAAUGUUUACUUGCUAUUUUUUAUAUAUAUAUAAUAAGAGAAAUCCAAUUUCUGGAGUAGCAAUAUAUUGUUCUUUUCAGUUUUUCUAUUGUAAAAGGAGUCUUAAAAUCUUAAUAUCUGAUGGAAAUACAAAAUUAUUUUUGAUUUUUUAAUACAGAGUGAAUGCCUGCAAUAUUACUGACAUUGUCUUUCAGUGAAAAAUAACAUGAUAAAGUACAUAUGUAUAUGUAAAUAUGACUUCAUAAUAUCACAUUACAUAAUGCAUGGCUUUAUGGCUUUAAUAUUUGCAAUGGCUUUAUGGAUUGAUACUACUAUAAUGUGUUAUAUAGCCUGACAAGUCACAUACAUAUGCUAUAUGAAAUUUUAUGCAUGUACCUAUUAGCAUUUAUACAGGUUUUUGCCAGAUAUUAUAGGAUAUUACAGUCUCCUCCAAAACAUUUGGGUUUGUGAUCAAAAGAUGGAUAUGAGACAAGAGUUUAGAAUAAGAGUUUAGGAUUUCAACUUUUAUUUUCUGUUAUUUACAGCUAUAUGUGUUAAAAAAACAUACAGUUGUGCUUGAAAGUGUGUGAAACCUUUAGAAUUUUCUAUAUUUCUGCAUAAAUAUGACCUAAAGCAUCAUCAGAUUUCCAUACAAUUCCUAAAAGUAGACAAAUACAACCCAGCUAAACAAAUAUAUUAUACUUGGUCAUGUAUUUAUUGAAGAAAAUGAUCAAAUAUUAUAUCUGUGAGUGGCAAAAGUAUGUGAACCUUUGCUGUCAGUAUCUGGUGUGACCCCCUUGUGCAGCAAUAACUGCAAGUAAGACUUGUGUGAACAUCUGAUGUUUUAGGUCAUAUUUAUGCAGAUAUACAGACAAUUCUAAAGGGUUCACAAACUUUCAAGCACUACUAUAGAACCUUUGUAUCAGACCACCCAAUUUUUAGGAGAGCAAAAAUAUAGGAGCAGAUAAAUCUUGAAGUAAAUUAAACAAAAUAACCCUUAACAUUUGAUUGCAUAUCCCUUGCGUGCAAUAACUGCGUCAAGCCUGUGACUCAGUGACAUUACCAAAUUGUUUGUUUCUACUUAUGUGAUGGUUUUCCAGGCUUUUACCAGAGCCUCAUUCAGUUGUUUUUGUGGGGGUUUCUCCCUUCAGUCUCCCCUUCAGGAGAUAAAAUACAUGCUCAAUUGGGUUAAGGUGAUUGAUUGGGCCAGUCUAAAACAUUCCACUUUUCCUGUAAACUUCUGAAUUAAUUCUGCUGCUACCAUCAUGAGUUACAUCAUCAAUAAUGAUUUGUGUGCCUGUUCCAGAAGCAGCCAUGCCAGCCCAAGCUAUGACACUACCUCCACUAUGUUUCACAGAUGAGCUUGUAUAUUUUGGAUCAUGAACAGAUCCUUUCUUUUUUCUAUCACUUGGUAGAGGUUAAUCUUGUUCUCAUCAGUCCAUAAAACUUUGUUCCAGAACUUCUGUGGAUCAUCUCUGUACUUUUUUUUUUUUUUGCCAAUUCCAAUCUGGCUUUCCAAUUUUACUACUGAUGAGUGGUUUGAAUCUUGUGGUAUGGCAUCUAUAUUUCAGCUCUUGAAGUCUUCUUCAAACAGUGGAUUGUGAUACCUUCACCCCUGCCCUUUGCACAUUCUGGAUGAUUUCACUGACCGUUGUUUUUGGGUUUUUCUUCACCACUCUCACAAUGUUUCUGUCAUCAAGUGGUGUUGUUUUCCUUUGCUGACCAAUUCAGUGUCUGUUGCUCAGUAGACCAGUGGUUUCUUUCUUUUUCAGGACAUUGCAAAAUGUUGUAUUAGCUAUGCCCAAUGCUUGUGCAAUACACCUGAUUGAUUUUCCCUCAUCAACAUCAAAAUGUUGCUUCAAAAUGGCAUGUUUUUUCCUCAUAGACAGCUGUCUAAUCUUCAUGUUGGCUCAUACAUUUUAACAAAUGCAGUCUUCACAGGUGAAACUGAAGAAAAAACAUGAGUAGAUUCUCAGAGCUAUUUAUUGUUUAAACAAUCAAUUUAACAGGACACACCUGGGUAACAAGAAACACCUGUCAUUCACAUAUUUCAAUAUUCUUCCUCGCUUAAAAACUGGGUGGUCUGAUGCAAAAUGUGUUAUGUUCUAUGCCGUUUAACACAUCUACAUAUAAAUACCAGAAAAUAAAAGCUGAAAUUCUAAACUCUUCUCAUAUUGAUCUUUUGAUCUCAAACCCAAAAUUUUUCAGUCUACAGCAAAAACAAACGGUUUCAUGGGGACUGUAUGUUUACACAUUAUACGUUUAUAUAUAAUGAUUUACAGAAUUCAUAGGAGGUGGUAGCAAAAAGACAUACUUAUAAAUUGGGGUGUAGUCAAAACCUGAGUCCAAGUUAAGAACGAGUUAAGACUGAGUCUUAAGGUGGCUAAGGCCAAGUCGAGAUUAAAACUAAGAAAAUGAGAGUCAAGAUUGAGACAGAAAACCAUCCAAUCCUUUUUUGAGACUAAGCAUUUACUUAGUUGGAAUUUAGUUAGUUGGCUUAAUUCAUGCAACUUGCAAAUGAUUAGGCUAUACUUCCUAGAAGAAGGAAUUGCUUCUUGAUAAACUUUGUGCAUGCAGAAAGAAAAGACAACACACAAAUUACUUUUACAAACUGUUGAUCGAAACUAAGACAAUAUUUAUUAAGACCAAUGGACAACACAGAGACAAGUCCAGGUACAAAUGCCAGUAAUUCCAAGACAAGUCAAUACAGAAAAUGUCUUGAGUCUGGUCUUAGUCCAAGACUGGAAUGCUUAUGUCUUUAUGAGCAUGAGUAGGACUCGAGUCAGGUCUUGUAUUUGAGUCUUACAGUGCUACUCGUAAAAACAUAAGCAUAUUUUUCACAAACUUUGAUUGUUGAUUAUUGUUUGUUGUUAACUUUAAUUAAAUUUCAACGGAAAAAAAGUGUUUAAAUGGUUUUUGAUUUCUAGUAUUUCUAACUGAUUCCUGUUCGUUAUUGUCAUGCCUAGAAUAGCAAGAGAAAGUAGCUUAUACACAUCUUAUACACAAUUUUGCUCUGUGCAGUACGUAAUGAGGGACAAUUUCACACUAUAGGCAAGGUGCCUCAGGUCAAAAUCAAGCCAACCCCAAAAAUAUAAUCUAUCUCUUCUCCCUGACAUUAAGCACAGUUAUUGGGGAGGGAGGAAGCGAUAUAUUUCCUUUUCAGAGGAAAUGAUAUUGUCCUUGAUGUGACAGUUACAUACUCCAUGCCAGGGAUUGAAGGUUACGUCUAUGAUUUUGGCAUUAGUAGGUGCUAUUUAUUCUGCAGAAUAAUGACAUUUUAGCAGUUUUCAUCUAGAACAUUGCCUCAGAAGACGUUCACCUGGCUAUAGUGUGAUUGGAGGAAAACCUCAAAUGGGUUUGCAAUGGCAAGAAGAACUAAAGUGAUUUGACAUUACCAUGGAGAUUAAAUCGUGGGGGGAAGGACACUUUUUAUGCACAGACUUGCUCUAAAUAUUUAAGACAGAGAGUUAUGUUGCCCUUGAUGUCAGAAUGAAAGAAAGUGAAAAAUACAAAGCAACUCAUCAGUCAGAGCCCUCUCAUAAACUGUGUAGAGAUAAGUCUCCUGGGGUCAUGUGACCCUAAAGAAACAUAUUUGAGUUCUCUAAUAGGAACAACGCACCUGUAGCAAAAGGUCACUACUGGAACUUAGGACAUCUGACAAGAGCUUCCAGUGUUUUUACUGCUCCAUCACACAACAGUGGCUCUGUUCUAACUGAGAAAAGGCUCUCUUUUAUACAUGAUUGAGCCUGUUUCCCUCCUACAUUGAAAUACACAUCAUUCUGGGUAAACUUAUACAACAGGUACAGUACCCUCUGAAAUUAUUGGUACCUUUUAAUGAAAAUGAAAAUAUAUAAUUUGCUUAUUUUCAUUAAAACGUACCAAUAAUUUCAGAUUAUUUCAAUAUAUUCAAUUCAGUUAUUUCUAUUUAAUUUAUUGGCACUAUCUAAUAAUGAAUAAUUUGUUACACCUGCCCUGGAGAAAAUAACGGCACUAGGUCUCUGUUUGUAAUGUUGGUAGGAUACACUUGUAGAGGGAUCUUGGUCCACCCCUCCAUGCAGAAGAUUUCAAGCUGCUUUAUAUUCUUAGUUUUUGGACUUCCCUCUUUAAUUUAGACCCCAGGUUUUUAGUAGAGUGCCAAUAAGGAGACUGGGAUGGUAAUUGCAGAUCAGUGAUUGUGUUUAUUUAACUGUUUUGUUGUUUUGUAAUUAUAUAUAUAUUCAUACAUGAUUGAGCCUGUUUCUCUCCCAUGUUGAAAUACACAUCAUUCUGGGUAAACUUAUACAACAGAUACAGUACCCUCUGAAAUUAUUGGUACCUUUUAAUGAAAAUGAACAAAUAUGUGUAUAUGUGUGUAUAUAUAUAUAUAUAUAUAUAUGAAUAUGAAUCGGCCAAAUAUGAAUCUCCUGACAAAAGCAACCAAGUUUGUGCUGAAAUAUCCUGGUAUUUAGCAUAAUUCAUGAUGCCGUCAAUCUUUACAAGAGCCUGAAGCACCAAUGAUCCAUAACUAUAUUUUACAGGUACUUUUCCUUGCAUGCAAUGCCCUUUCAUCUCCAAAAAUGCUGAUUAUUUGCAUGACCAAAAUGUUUUAUUUUGGUUUCACCAUGAGACAUGAUGCCACCUCGACUGACUCUUGGUGAAGUUUAGGCACUGCAUUCUGCAACAUGCUAUCAGGAAGGGCUUUUUCUUGAAAGGCUUCCUUCUUGCAAUGUUUGAACAGUUGAUUUUUAAAAUUAGC